AUGGCAAUAAUCCAGCAGGUCCUCCAAACCCUUCUGCUUCUCUUUAGCAUUCAGCUCGCCUUCCUCAUCUGCUCUGGUUUAGGUUCCAACUUCAUGAUCGGAGGCGACGUCCUGACAGCGGGGGGCCAAAACCUGACGUACAUGGAAUACUCCCUGACCCUGCAAUCUGAUUGCAACCUCGUCCUGAAAAAUGGCAGCACAAGAGUGUGGGAAACCAUGACAGGGGGCUAUUCAGCUGAGUGCUACGUCACUCUGGACCUGAACGGCAAACUCGCCGUUUGGCACCCACGUUUUCGCUACCCACUCUGGAGCAGCGGCAUUAUGUCCCAAGUUGGGUACUAUGCCCUCGUCCUCCGCUAUGACGGCACCCUUCGUAUAUAUGGUCCCCAGCUUUGGAGUGCUGGGUCCUCUUCGGCACAACUAACAGCAGGGAUUGUUGGUUGGACUUGGACGAAGACCACUGAGUCAGUGCUCUACUCCGGUGAUGUAGCACCCAUCGGAACCACGAUCGUUAAUGGGAACAAUGAACUCACACUGCUGGACGACUGCAACCUGGUGCUCAACGGCGACGGAGCCACAAAAUGGCAGACUGGUGUCACUGACCGAACCAUGCAUGACUGUUACGUUAACUUGGAAGCUAAUGGUGAGUUGAGAGUGAAGCAUUGGGGUGGUGAUGUUCUCUGGACUAACAGAGUGGCUUCACCCACGUAUUCGGAGUUUGUUCUCGUGCUGCAAACCAACGCCAUGCUCACUGUCUAUGGCCCUGUAAUCUGGUCUAAUGUCAUCUCCGGUGCUGUUUCCGGCAAGAUUGACACGGUCUCUGCCGACUAA